AUGGACCCAAGCUACCCAGAUCCCGGCCGGCCCCUUGAGGACGCCGCUGCCGUUCUCGCUGCUGCCUCAAUCACUGAAGCUUCGGCCAGUGCCAGCCGCCACCAUUGGGGCGCCUCCGCCGCCAGACGGACCAAGCCUGCAGCCACCUGGACGCACAUCAGCGCCGCUGUGCUCGAGUCGUUGCGCGAUCUCCACUAUGUCCUGUCACUGUGCGGUACCAUUCAGCACGUCUCGCCUAACAGCCCGGCAUUGCUGGGGUACGGCCCCGAAGACCUUGUAGGCACCGUGCUGGUAGACCACGUGCACGAGGACGACGCGCCUGUCUACCGGGACGAGCUUCGCGAGGCCUCGUCGACCGGACGGCCUUUCCGCUUCUACUGUCGCAUCCGAAGCCGGGUCAAUACUGUGGGGGCGGGCACCAAUGCUGACACCGCUCUCUUUCCGUCCGGAUUUGCGGACCAACACCUAACGUCCUCCCCCUCGUUUUCCGUCUUUGAGAUCACCGGCCGCUUCCAUGAGGUUGCUUCGCCUGGCCCCAUCCCUGUCGGUAUCGGCAUCACAGCUACACCGCCAAACGACGAUGGCCUCUUCGUCCUCAUGGCCCGGCCUUACCCGCUCGCCCAAGGCACCAAACUCGACUCCUUCCUGUUCCUAAAGAUCGAAAACGAGCGGCUGACCGCACAGUUGGCCGCGCUGAAGGCCGAGCAGCAGGACAACGAAAAUGACGCCGAUUCCGAGGAAUGCGAUGGCUACCAGACACGUCAGUACUCCAUGGCCGCGCCCACGGCCGCCUUUGCAACCACGGCCAUGCGGCGCCCGAGCGACGGCUUCCCAUGGUUCGAUGUGCAGCCCUCCAACGUGACGCUGACGACGGGCUCCGCCUCCUCAGCGCAAGAAUCCGUCUUCAGCGGCAGCGGCAGCAGCAUGUUCGGCCCGGCCAGCAGCAGCAGCACCAACACAUCCGCCUCCGUCAUCGUGCCCUCCCUCUCGUCUCCUUGCCCCCGUUCCGUUGCUGGGAACAACAACAAACCCCCGCCAGCCCUUCUCUCCCGCACCUUCAGUACGACCGCCGUCCCGGGCACCAUCGCCGCCACCACCAACCGCAGCAGCAGCAGCAACAACAACAAGAAAAACAACAUCAGCAUCAACAACAUCAGCACCAACAACCGGUCGCCGCCGAAGAAUACCCCAACAGUCAUGGAGGGUGACGUGGGCAUCCCGUUCAUCGUCAAGGCGCUGACGGGCGGCGCGGGCUUCAAGAAACGCGCCAAGCAAUCCGUCGACGACUACGUCUGCGCCUGGUGCAGCGCCACCUCUUCACCCGAGUGGCGCAAGGGACCUGCUGGGCCGAAGAGCUUGUGCAAUGCGUGCGGCCUACGUUAUGCCAAAUUCCGAAGGAAGAGCGGCGGUUCGGGAAGCGGCGGCGGUGGAAGCAGUGAUGGCGACGGUAGAGGCGGCGGCGGCGGCGGCGGCGGCGGCAGCAGCACAUCAUCGUCGGGGCCGAAGUCGACGACAACGGUGGGACCCGUUGUUGCUUGA